AUGAGAAAAAAACUAAUUAUUUAUAUUAGUUUUCUAUUACAGUUCUUGUUAUGGUUCCUAGAAUCAUCGUCAAGCGAUGAAAGCUCUUCAUCUUCAGAGGAUGAAACCAGAAUAAUUUUUGAUGAUCCUUCAACUGAUGAAGAAACACAUGUAAACGUUUCCAAUUUUAUGGAAACUAUUGAGGCAUUCAGCGAUUCCGAUUUUCAAUCGCAUUUCAGGCUGAGAAGAUUAACCGCGGAGCAAUUGAUUGUAAAAUAUGCUCUAUCUGCUUUCUUUCCAUCACCCUCAAAUCAUGGAGGGAAACCAAAAAUUGAAGCCAGGAAGGAAAUAUACCUUUUUGUUUGGUAUAUAAGUAAUACCAUUACAUUUAGGCAAUUGGGCAACUUGUUUGGUAUGGCCAAAUCAACAGCAUGGGCUGCAGUUGGACGUGUGAGCAGCUGGUUAGUUUCAGUGGGACAUGAAUAUAUCAAGUGGCCUCAAGGAGAUGUUGUUGAACAAACUUGCUCCAGAUUUGAAUCCAGAAAGAGAAUACCGGGUGUGAUUGGUGCUAUAGAUUGCACCCACAUUACAAUUGCCGCUCCAAGGAUCAACAAAGAAUGCUAUUACGAUCGAAAGCAAAAUUUUUCUAUCGUUUUGCAGGCGGUUGUCAAUGCAGACAAAAUGUUCACCGACGUAUGCUGCGGUGAACCAGGUUCCCUGCAUGACAGUAGGGUUCUCAGAAGAUCGGGAUUAUAUCAUCAAGUACAAGAGAACUUCACCCGUCUAUUUCCAUCCAACACAUUUCUUUUGGGUGAUUCAGCCUACGCGGCUUCGAAUUGGAUCGUCCCACCUUAUAAGGAAUACGGUCAAUUAAAUGAUCAACAAAAAAAUUUCAAUUUUAUUCAUUCUUCUACAAGAAUGGUAGUUGAAAAUGCGUUCGGGCUACUCAAAGGAAGAUUCAGGAGAAUAAACAAGUUCACCGAGCAAAGAAACUUGAAUUCUGUUAAGAAAAUUAUUGUUAGUGCUUGCGUUUUGCAUAAUUUGUGCAUUCUCAACGCUGAUAACAUUAUUAUUAACGAGCCAACUCCAGCUCCAACUGAAGAACCACCACCGGAGGACAACAUCGCAAACCCGGAGCCUAAUUUACAUGGAAAUCGACGAGAGAGACUAUUCAGUCAACUUUGUCAAAUGAAUAUUCUUUAAUUAAAAGAAAAUUAUUAGUAUUUCCGACUUUUCUUUAAACCAUUGGUACAAUUUUUGUGGAAAUUUUUCAAUUUAACGAAAUUAGUUGAGUUUGCUGCACAAGAAAUUAUGCUAUUUCCAAAAUACUUUUAUCCUAUUGAGAUGAAUUAAACGCAUAUUAGUCUGAACUGAGGUCCUUCAAAUGUUGUUGAAAGCCAAAAUGCGUUUAGAUAAGGAUAAACUUAAUUUGGUAUCCAAAAGUAUUUCGGUCAUGUUUCAAUAUGCAUACACAUGGCCGAAAUAAUUUUGAAUACCAAAUUAAGUUUAUCCUUCUCUAAACGCAUUUUGGCUUUCAACAACAUUUGAAGGACCUCAGUUCAGACUAGUAUGCGUUUAAUUCAUCUCAAUAGGACAAGUAUUUUGGAAAUAGCAUCAUUUUUUGUGCAGCAAACUCAAGAAAAUUCGUUAAAUUGGUAGAAUUUUAUUGAGUUUGCUGCACAAAAAAUGAUGCUAUUUCCAAAAUACUUGUCCUAUUGAGAUGAAUUAAACGCACAUUGCUCUAAAAAAUCAGGAUUUUUUUCAAAAUAAACCUUGGACCAUUCACUACACUUCGUUCACAGAAAAUAAUAAAAAAAGAAGGAACUAACAAUGAAUAUAUAUUUUUAUUGAUUUGAACGUUCUUGAAACAUUUUUUGUUUGAUGUCAAAUCGUUUUUGACGCUCUUCAAGGGCCCUUAUCUUCAACUUCUGGCGUUGUUCGAACUGGCCCUUAUUCUCCGCCAUCUCCAGUUCUCGAAGUUGAAUAUUUUUUUUAUAAAAAUCCGACCGUGACAUGUUUCGGCUUUCUUUCGGGGUUCUGGCACUAGCAGCAGCGACUGCAAUUGGAGGCGGUGAGGCAGCAACUACACUAACUGAACCAGCUAUAUCUGGCACAGAUGUAGCUGGUUCAGUUAGUGUAUUUUCUGCCUCACGUUCUUGAGACGCAACCUCCAUUGAGGGCGUCUGUUGCGAAGUUGAUGCACCCGGAUCCUAAAAAAACGCAAUUAAUUUUUCUACUAGAAUAAAAAAAAAAACUAUUUUUCUUACCUGGACAACAUUUGGGGGCACAGAGCCAAUAUUGAUGGACUCACUCCUGGUGUGAAUUGGCUUAUCCCCAAAUAUCUCCUCCAUUUCUUCAUAAAAUGGAGGAGUACAUGGGGAUGCACCUGUUGCCCCAGCGUUGUCCUUGGCGCAUUUGUACGCCCUUAACAGGGUGUGCAUCUUUACCUCACAAUUUGCAGCCGUCGUUGCAGUGUCCUGAAAUGAAAGAUAAAUAUCUUUAAAUGCUUUUUCUUUCAGAGCUCUCAUAAAUACUUACAAAACCCGCCGAAAUAAGAUCCUCCACAAUGUUUUGGUAGUCCAGGCGUCUUUUUCUUGGGAUGGUAAAUUCCCGCUGCCUUGCCGAAUAAAAUUUUAAAAACGCUUUGGUUUCAUCAUGUGACCAUCGCUUGGAUCUAUAAAUAGAAAUAAAGGUUGUCCUGUUAACAUUUAUAUAUGUAUUUGUUUACAAGUUUUUGUUUACCUUUUCUCCAUUUUGAAUUUUUAAUUAAACAAAAGAAUUUAUCAACCACUUUUUAAAUCACUUUGUUGUUGUUCAUUCAAAAUCUUCACUUUGGGAUGUGUUCACAAAAUAUGUCUAAAAAAAUGUAGUGUAAAUCUUGUAAGCGGAGUACAAGAUUUACACGAGGAUUUCUUUCUCAUAUAUGGUUGAUUGUGCUUGUUUACACAUGAAAACAAAUUAUUUUUACUUAUAAGUACAUCGCACUAAUUUGGUAUAGCUAUAAUUAAAGUUAUAAUUAAAGUUAUUAGGGGUAGGGUGUUUUCAUAAACGUCUGCCUAACUCAGGCCUGCGUUAGUCGUGUUUAUAAAAUCAGAUCUGCGAUCGGACUAACUUAGUCAAAUUGCAGUACUUCUGUUCAUAAACGUCAUUUAUGUCGUCAACGUCGGGCAGAUUGCGCAGCCAAAAUUUUAUGACUGCAGAUCUCGUGAAGAAGUUUAUUUGGCUUUUAUUUCGAUGUUUUUAUUUGUAAUAAAUGUAAAUAUCUAUUGUAAAAAAAAAGGAAAGCAAACAUAUAAAUCAGGGUGGUGCAAAAAAUGUUUCUUUUUUCAUUUUUCGAAAAAUUUAGAUUUCAAUGAUGCAGAAAAUUUUUAAAUCGUGUUUUUUGAUACACCGAGUUCAAAUUGAUUUUUUUCGUAUUAGGGUGGCUCUUAAAAAUGUUAACUUCUGUCGUUUUCUGUGGAAUUCGAAAAAAUUAAACGUGGAUAUUAUUUUGGUCAAAUUAUCGAAGAAAAAAAAUUACAUUAGGGUAGCUCAGAAAAUUUUUUAUUUUUUUAAUUAUGAAAAAAAAAAAUAAUAAUCACUACAGAGAAAGUUUGUAAGACAUGGUUUAUGAAAUAUAAUGUAAAGUGCAGGCAUUUUCACAUUAGGGGGCUCAGAAACAUAGUAUAAAAUGAAAAGGAAAUAUUUUUUUUUUGUUAUCAAACAAAACUCAUUCUGUGGUCAUUUUUAUAUUUUUAUUUUCUGACGUUUAUGAACACUCAGUGGCUGCUGAAAAUUGUACUAACGCAGGCCUGCAAACAUUCUGCAGAAUUGGUGUGUUCAUUAAUGCAGCAAAGGAGAAAGACGAUUGUACCAACGCAGAUUUCCGACGUUUAUGAAAACACCCGUAUUCAUGAAACGGUAUAAACCUUGGGUGAAAUUUGGUAAAUGUGUCAAAAUUUUGUAUGGUUUUGACAGUUAGUGCCAGUUGUACAAACGUGGCUCGGCCUUGGUUCAGGAAUUUAACCCACCGAUUUCGGCGGAUUAGCUGCGGGUCAACUUCGGUUCAAGCAUGAACGUGGCUAUUUCUACAUAUAUGAACCUUGAGCCAGUGCUAAACUUCAGCCCUACUACCGAUUUCAGAAGAUAAAAAUUGAAAGGCAAGCUAAACACUGCUGACCAACUGUUCAAAACUUGAACCAAGGCAGAACCACAUUUUUGUGCAACUAUUACACUGGUCAGUAAGGUUUUUGCCACAAGAACCAAAAUAUACUUUUCUAUAGGUUUUUGAUGUGUUGAACUCGAAUCUGAUGUCAGAAUAUUUUUAUUGACCUCCGUUUAAAUAUUACCGUUAUAAAAAGCAAAAAAAAAUGCUUUAACAAGAAAUAAAAACUAUAGAAGUACAAAAAAAUUGUCUGUGGAAUAGAUGUUUGAACCGGAGUUGAACCAAAGCUUAUCCACCAAAAUCGGUAAGAUAGAAACUUUAUCCAAAGCUGAACGUGUUUGUUCAAAUGCUCUUCAAAUCGCUGCUUUAAAACUAAGCUAGUGAAAACUUACCAUUAUAGAAGAAAAUUAAAGGAUUCAACGAACACACCCAUAUGUGACUACCAACUUAGAUAAAAAAAAAAAACAAUUUUUGCGCCUCCCGUGUCGAAUUGCCGAAAUGUUCUCUCCAGUAAAAUACUGAUUUCAAUCACUAACUUAUUUUUCCACAGUAUUUGAUUGUUGUUGUUUACUGUGCUAAUUUUUACUGUUUCCAGUACUGAGCUAAGGAUAAUUUACCAAUAAAACACGCCUUAUGUAAACACAAAAAACAAAAACAAAAUAUAACGAGAAAAUGAGAGCGCAAGAGCAAGUUUUUUUUCAAUAAAUAGAAAAGAACAGAAAAAAAGAGUUCAUUAGCGCCAGCUUAUGCGUGGCAUUCUUUUGAACUAAAUUUGCAUGUGUGCGUGAUCAAUGGAAUUUUCAAAGUAAAAAAAGCUAAAAUAGACACUUUUUCAACAAUUUAUAUUAAAAAUACUGUUAGCAAAAAUAUAUAUUUUUUUUUUGAAACUGAUUUGAAAUAUAAUGAAAAAAAAUAAUAAAAAUAAAUUGUGGAUGCUUUGACUGCCCCUUCCUCAAAAACAGAAUGCAAAUAUUGGUUUAUUAAAAUCAAAUUUUUAGUGUGUAAAUAAAAAAAAUAUUUUUUUUUGGCAAACGGGUUGCAUGAACAACUUUAUUAACUUCUCAUUAAAAAAUACAAAAACAUUUUAAAAAAUAAUCACGCUUUGCCCCACGACCAAAAUGCUAAAAAAGUGCAUUUUGACACCUUUCCUUCAAAUUAACCGUUCAAACUAACUUCAAAUUAAAUUUUAGAAAUUUUAUUGGAUUCUCCUAAUUUCCCUUUAUUGUUUUCUUUUUGUUUCAUCUAAAAACACUAAUAAACGGUAAAGUUAUUCUAAGAAGAGUGAGUAAAAAAACAUGAAAUUACAACAAAUUAACGAAGCUGUUUUUCUAAUAAAAAAAAAAAAAAAAAAAAAAUCAGUUUCGCGUACUGCAUGAAAACACAUUUGAUCAUUAUAAAACAAAAAAAAAUAAAUAAAAAGUUUAUAAACAACGGUGCCCCAACCAAAAUUCUGAUUCAAUCUAAAUUUGCAGGAAAAAAAUCAUUUUCGACCCUUAUAAAAAUCGCACAAGAAAUCUUUCUAAAAUUUAAAUGAUGCAAAAAUAUUUGUACGUUUAUUACCUUUUCAAAAAAGUACGUUUCAUAAGAUUAUCUUAUAAACUGCAAAAGUUAUACAACAAUUAGUCAACCGUCUUCCAUUAAAAUGCUAUGGAAACCCCCCCUUAACAUGUUCUGCGGCCCACACAAAUUUUUAUCUCGCUGUUUUGGCCCCUUGUAACCAUUGAGUUUGACAUGCCUGUCUAUCCAAUAAAAAUUGGCAGUACAGGGAAAAUAGGACGUUUGCAUCUAAUUUAAUUUUUUAACAAUUAUUCACCAUUUUCCGCGAAGAAAAUUUAUUUUUUAUUUUAUAAUUUUUUCAAAUGACAUUUUAUAAAUUAAAACAAAAACAAAUUUCCUGUUUACUGCGAUUGAAAUAAAAAAACUAAAGGCAGACCUGACAGAUAGGUGUCCAUUUUUGACAAACAAAUUUUGAUAACGUUCGGAAUAUAUUACCUUAUUAUGGUGCCGGGUUACAUGGUGAUUUUUCAAUCGGCUACCCAGUCAGGUUGUAUGCAAGAAUGGUGAGGAUUUUCCUCUUUUUGACGUUUGUUCCUAGAAAAUGUGAAUCGGAACGUGAUUGGGCACAACACUGUGUAGCCAGGCCCAUGUGUACUGUGAUUACGCAUCACUGCUUUUUUGCGAUGCUGAUCGUUGCUCAGCUGAUUACGAUGCGAUACUUAUUGAUAAAAAGUUUUACGUUUAAAAACAAUUUUUGCUUAAUGAUGGACGUGAUACUAAUAAAAACUCUUUGUUGUAAUUAAAAUCUGGAGCCACACAUUUUAUAUCUCAAAGAACUUUCCUUCACAAUACUGACUUCGAUUUUCUGCCUGCCAUAAAUUCACCUUCAUUAUUUAAUUUGGUUUCUAUUAGUGGUUUAGUUUGUGGGCUGUGUAAAAUAUUCCCUGAAAUUCAUCAAAUUAGUUAAUUUAGAACUUGAUUAAAUACUUUUCAUUGUCCUUUUCCGCCUUUUUUACUCCAAAUCGCGUCGGCAACAAAAACUUAUCAAGAAAAUUCUUGAUGCUUUUUUUAUAUUUGCGCAUCAAUUUAUCAAAUUUUGCAAUAAUGAACAGUUGACAUUUUAAGCGAUUCUUAUUAUUUGUGUUUAUAAACGUGCUACAAGAAUGAUCGCAAAUCAUCUCUGCAGUGAUGCGUUCAAAGAGAAAGGAAUACCCAGAGACGCCACUUCGGUUGGGUUUUCUCUUCCACGCUACAAGCUGCAAUGAGAGAAAAAAUAUGUGGUAGUUUUCCCGUGCAUUUUAAAUGGCACCAACACAUUCAACUGUGGAGUUUUGCCCAAAAUAAUAAUUUAAGGGCUCAUUAGACGAAUUAAUUCAUAAAAUAAUAGGUCUGUUUGGGUUCUUUUUGGACAAAAAUAUGAAACUUGUCAAAUUUUAAGGAGUGGGGAUGAAAUCCUCACAGAGAAAGAAAAAUUGUGUAAAAGUACCCAAACACUUUAGCACAAAAUUUUUUGAAAAAAAAAAAAUAGAAACGAAAAAUAUCAAAACACAAACCUUUUU